AUGGGCGAUAAUACCAGCAGCAAGAGAAGUCGGCUAUCAGUUGUCGUUGACGGAUUAGAUUAUGUGGAGAGUAGCAGUCAUGACAACGGUACGCAUGUAGUGGUCGAAGGAAAUUCGCACGUCGUGGCGAUUCACAGGAGGUUUAUUAUUGAGAGGAAUAGCAACACCGAUACGAAAAGUCGUAUUACGUGGAAAUGUGCAUCAUUGCCCUGGGAGAAGCUUCAGUUCUGGGAACCACGUAUUGUGGAUGGAUUUAGUUUAUAUUCUGAGGAUAAGGCUCCAGAGAAUGCUAUUGUUACUCCCAAGUAUUCGUUUUACCAUUCUGCUCAAUACGAAGGCCCUAGCGAUGUGGAUGGGGUAGAGUUGGAUUGGCAAAACUGUGAUAUUGAUGUAAGAUAUGGCAUACAAGAAACUGUUGUGGAUCAGUGGUGUCCAUUGCCUGAGGGAGAGCGAAUCGUUUACGGUAAGGACGGUGAUGACACAAGAAGGGCAGAGUUUGGUAUCUUUAAUUUGGAAUUGGACGACGGUAUAGAUGUAGGACUCGAAGGAAUCAUCUGUAGAUGGAAUAGUACGGGAAUUGAGAAAUGUCAAAAAAGCUUGACUAUGUUUAAGAAGGCUCACACGUUGUCUAUGGAGAAAAUUGAUAUCAGGUUAAUUGAACCCGUUGGCAUGCAUCCCAAUUUGGAAAUUGAUUUACAAGAAACCGUGCCCUAUACUGAUAAAUGUGAAAUUUUCAUGUAUGUGACACUACCGAAGAACCUUUUCGUUGACAGGUUUGGUGGUCAUAUUACGGAUUCAGUAAGUCCUCUUUUCGUAUCUGGUUUAACAGAUCUAGAAAAACCAAGUUACCAGCUGCAAAAUGCCAAUGAUGGCUGGGGUUCAGAAGCUCUUUACCGUUUGCGUAGUGGCACCCUGAAUAGAAUAGAAUUUCAUUCGAGAUACUCCGGACCGAGAGGCACGGCCGGAGAAGAAACGCCGAAUGCCGAAUGUGUAAAGUUUAAGCCUAUCUUAUUCGAAGCUUGCGAUACAGAAAUAAGCACUUUGCUUCAAAAUCCGUUCUAUAGCAAAGCACUGGGCUAUGAAGCAUAUUUUACGAAUGAUACUAUGUUCCAUCAUUUCCAAAGCUCGGAAAUUGAAGUCAAGAUCCCUACCGCUCAUUGGAAUGACUACGAAAAAACCCAAUGGUUCACCGGUUUGUGCUUGUUGGGUUCCAUUUUCUAUUUGUUUUACAAGCUAUUUUCCGGAUCCAAACGGAGCCCUUAA